ACCAUGGUCAGCUCCUGUUGUGGCUCCACCUGCUCUGGCCAGAGCUGUGGCUCUGGCUGCUGUUCCCCCUGCUGCUGCAGGCCUGCCUGCUGCUUACGACCUGCCUGCUACCAGAGCACCUGCUGCAGCACCAACUGCUACAGGCCCACCUGCAUUGUGUCCACCUGCUGCCGCCCCACCUGCUGUGGGUCCAGCUGUUGCCAGCCAAGUUGCUGCAGACCAAGGUGCUGCCAGUCUGUGUGCUGCCAACCAACCUGCUGCCGCCCCAGCUGCUGCGUGUCUACCUGCUGCCAGCCCUGCUGCCGCCCCAGCUGCUGUGUGUCCAGCUGCUGCCAGCCCUGCUGCCGCCCCAGCUGCUGUGUGUCCAGCUGCUGCCAGCCCUGCUGCCGCCCCAGCUGCUGUGUGUCCAGCUGCUGCCAGCCCUGCUGCCGCCCCACCUGCUGCCAGCCCUGCUGCCGCCCUACUUGCUGUCAGACUACCUGCUGCAGAACCACCUGCUGCCGCCCAACCUGCUGUGGCUCCUCUUGCUGCUAAAUGUACAGACCAGUGCAUAACUGCUCGCCAUUUUCACCCCAUCCCAGGGAGGCAUCAGUUCCCUCACUCACGUGAAUCAGUAUCAGUAGAGUUUGUACUGUCAACCAAUUAUAAGCUGAUCCCAAGAGACCCACUUGGAACCCUCCACCAGUGGCUGACUAUUUAGUUUUCUUCUUCAAUGCACACUAGCACCUCUCUGGUGGUCUCUUCCUCUUGUGUGGUCAACAACUUUGAAUUUAAUUAUUGGCUUCUCGCGUCAAACCCUAACCUAAUCCUGCAACUUUCUUGGCCUCCAAUCACCAGACUAUGCUGUUUGAGAAGAAAAUUAACUGCUAUAUUUUUUCUCACCCUAAGAGUUUAGUGCUGAGAUUCCAAAAAUUUUUCCUCCCUAGCUUCCCCCUUAUGCUGAUUUUCCAUCGUUUUCAUGUCUGGCAAUUUCCAGAUAAAAC